AUGGGAGCAAAAUGUUGUGCUCAACAACCAAUACUAAAUAAUCAAGUUAUUAGUAAUAUUCAAAAUGCUGCAUUUAUUGAAUAGUUACAAUAUAUACCUUAAGACAAUUAAAAAAUACUACCUUAAGAAGUUUCUGCUGAAAUAACAGAUGAAAAGAAAUAGGAGUUGGAACAAAGAAAAAGUGAAGAAGAUCCUAAUAUUUUCAAAUCUCUAUAAUAACAAUCAUAAAAAUAAGACAUUUAAUAAGUAACUGAAGUAUUAUAGUAACUUCAACAUCCUGAUUUAAAACUUUAUGAAUAACCGAUUGAAAUAACUAAUAAUAAUAUUAAGAGAACUUUAGAAAGAAUUGGAAAAUAUGUUCCAAAUUAAUAGAUUUAAAUUAAUGGAUAAGUCCAGCCUCCUUAUUAAAUAAAGGGAGAAGUUAUUUACAUAGGAACAUGGGAAGGUUUAAAGAGAGAAGGUUAUGGUAAAUAAUUUUGGUAGGAUGGAUCAUUUUAUGAAGGUUAAUGGUAAAAUGACAUGAUUUCUGGACAUGGUAGAAUAAUUUAUGUAGAUGGAGAUGCUUAUGAAGGAUAUUGGUUAAAUGGAAAUGCUAAGGGAUUUGGAAUAUAUUAUCAUUAUGAUGGAGCUAGAUAUGAAGGAUAAUGGAUAGGUAAUUAACAAGAAGGAGAAGGUAAAGAAUUUUGGCCAGACAAUUCAUAUUUUGAAGGAUAAUAUAAAUAAGGUAAAAAAAAUGGUAUUGGUACAUUUACAUGGAGUGAUGGUGCUAAAUAUCAUGGAUAAUUUGUUGAUAAUUAAAUUCAUGGAUAAGGAGAAUAUACUUGGGCUGAUAAAAGAAAAUAUUAAGGAGAGUGGAAGGAAAAUAAAAUGGAUGGAAAGGGAAUCUUUAUUUGGCCUGAUGGUAAGAAAUAUAUAGGUAUAUAGAUUUUAUAAAAAUUUUUUAGGAGAUUAUAAAGAAGAUAAAAAAUGUGGAUAUGGAGAAUUUUAUUGGCAAGAUGGAAAAAUAUAUAAAGGUUUUUGGAAAGAUGGAAAAUAACAUGGUAAAGGUGAAGUCAUUGAUCCAAGUGGUAAUAAAUAAACAGGAGAAUGGUAAGAUGGCAAAAAAAUUUGA